AGCUGCCUUGCUACCACCUCAUGGAAGGAGCCUCCUGCAUCCCUCCCCUUUAAUCUCAGUUUAUUGUUAGCACUGUGCCUGCCUUUAAUCCCUGCAGACUUGUAGGAGCUGAGCAGGAGAGCCAGAAAACAGAAGUUGCUUCAUUUUUUGUCUUGCGGGAAUUCCCAGCUUCAAAUCUGGAGAAGAUGGGCCACCAACAAGAGGAGGAGGGUAGUUCCUGGAAGAAACAGACUAACAACAUCAGAAAAACAUUUAUUUUCAUGGAAGCACUUGGAUCAGGUGCCUUUUCAGAGGUUUUCCUGGUGAAGCACAGAGCCACCGGCAAGCUUUUUGCUUUGAAGUGCAUUAAAAAGUCACCAGUCACUCAGGACAUCAACCUAGAAAAUGAAAUAGCUGUGCUGAAGAAGAUAAAGCAUGACAACAUUGUGACACUUGAAGACAUUUAUGAGAGCACGACUCACUAUUAUCUGGUCAUGCAACUAGUGUCUGGAGGUGAAUUAUUUGACCGCAUUUUAGAACGUGGUGUUUACACUGAAAAAGAUGCAAGUAUAGUAAUCCGGCAAGUCCUGGGAGCAGUGUAUUAUCUUCAUGAGAAUGGGAUAGUCCAUCGAGAUCUGAAGCCUGAAAACCUGCUGUAUUUAACUCCAGAAGAAGAUUCCAAAAUCAUGAUCACAGACUUUGGUUUGUCUAAAAUGGAGCAAAAUGGUGUCAUGUCUACAGCAUGUGGUACUCCAGGAUAUGUAGCUCCAGAGGUGCUGGAACAAAAGCCAUAUAGUAAAGCUGUCGACUGCUGGUCCAUAGGAGUCAUUACCUAUAUCCUUCUGUGUGGAUAUCCUCCCUUCUAUGAAGAGACAGAGUCCAAACUAUUUGAGAAGAUCAAAGAAGGCUACUAUGAAUUUGAGUCCCCAUUUUGGGAUGACAUCUCUGAAUCAGCCAAGGAUUUCAUUUGUCACCUGUUGGAGAAGGAUCCAAAUGAGAGGUUAACCUGUGAAAAAGCACUCAGGCAUCCCUGGAUUAAUGGAAACACAGCCCUCUACCGUGACAUAUAUCCAUCUGUCAGUGCACAGAUCCAGAAGAAUUUUGCAAAAAGCAAGUGGAAGCAAGCCUUCAAUGCUGCAGCCGUUGUUCACCACAUGAAGAAACUCCACAUGAAUUGCCACAACACAGAUCUGACCACCAAAAGCAGUCUUCCGUUCAUUCAGGUGCAGAAUGCCUCAAGGCCAGCUACUCCGUCAGUUACCAGCCAGGAACAGCAAAAUCAAGAUGCAAAGAGGUUGAUUCCUGUGUUGCCCUACCAGAAUACUCCAGAACUUUCCAAUCAACAGGACAAGAUGCUUGACAGCCAGCAUGUGGAUCAUCUCACUAUUACAUCCCUCUCUGUUGCCACCACCAUAGCCAUGGAGGACAGCCAGACCUCUCCCAACAGACCUUCAGUGGACAACAGUGCAGCAUGUGGGACACAUGAGAAAGUGAAGACAGGCUUUUGCUCAGAGUCAGUACUCCUCAAAAGAGGUGCCAAGUCGCAUCACUGCAAAUCAGAAGUCCUUGUUCCAGUGAAGAGUAGUCACUCAUAUUUUGGUGGUGGGCAAACAGGAGUUUGUUUGGUAAUGUGAUCAGAAAAACAGCCAUGAGCCACACUCACUCUUUUACAGAAGGGCUGUUGAAUUCUUCUCUUCAAAGCUUCGAAGUCAAACAUCAAUUGUGCAAGAAGAGAGGACGGCCACUCAGGAGCUUCGCUCGCCCAAAAUACAUUCUCCGAUGGCAGUGGCCGCUGACUGAAGCACUGCACAUUCACUGGCCUGACAAAUCUUACGAUGCAAAUCUCUUCAAAUGUGAGAAGGGCCAUUCGUACAAACAGGGAAACAUUUUUACUGAAGAGUGACACCUGCUUACAUUUUCAGUAUAUGCCCUUAAAUAAUGCUGUAUCUUCUUUGAUGUCGGUUGGGGGGAGGGCAAGUGCAUGCUGCGUAGCCAUAACAAUUCAGUAUAGUAACAGAACCAUGCUUUGGUGUGUAAGUGGAGGGGAGUAUGUUGUUUUUGUUUCAUUGUGAGCCCUUUUGGUUGAAGAGGAGAAAGCAUCCCACGCUGUUUCAUCAUUUGUGUCACUUGCAUUUAUGAUACGAGAGCAACCUGCCAGACAUGCACCAGUGCCAUUUAUCUCACUGCAGCUUGCAUGCGGCUUCUGCAUUGCUUCCUACAUGUAGAGGGGGCCCUUCUCUUGAUGAAAUUAAUUUCUGCUUCCAAGCCAGUAAUUGUAUAAUACACUAUGUGCUUAAUAAAGUGGAUUGGUUUCUAAGUGCCUGCCAGUUAUUGACAAUUAUGGAAGCACCUGGUAAUUCACAUUGCAGGACCUGGAAACCAACACCAAUGGUGACUAUAUUUCCUUUGAAUUGAUUGUAGAGUGUCACAGUAAAGCAGAUGGUAUCUAAUGAUACAACAUGUCCUGCAGUAGGCAACGAAAUCUAAAGUAUGUACUACUCUUAUUUUUAAAAAACAUUAUUUGUUUAGGCUUGUUUGUUUUUCUUGCUCUCUUUAAACCCAGCUUUAAUCUUGUUCCUCAUUGGACAGAACCUUGCAAAAUAAACACAUACUCU